AUGCAUACUAGGGCACCCAACAUGAGUUCAACCGGUACCACUGUCUCCACAGAAGAUGUGCACAAACUAGAGGGAACCAGUCCCUCCUACGAGCCGCAGGACAUGCCCCCGAGACACUUCUGGCCUCACGUGAUGACAGAUUUUCAUUCGGUCACUAGUGUGGAACCAAUGGAGCAAUGCACUGUGCAACAAUCGCCGUUGGAAAUGACCUGUGAGGCGCAUGGACCCAAUGAGGUCCACUCCUCGGUAACAACCCCGGAGAACAUGGCACUAUCAUCACGUAAAAAAACCAGUUUUGCGGAUCACGCAGAAGUUGUUAACAUAUCCAAAGAUGAGGGGUUGGACGCACAGGCUUUUGUGGAGUUCAUGGAUGAUACGGAAGAUAUUAACAACCAUUUGCUGGAGCAGUUUGAAAAUAUCUCGGUGUCUACACAUUCGGAAACCUCGGCAGAAAUCGAUGAACUGAAUCAGGAUGCGGAGGUCCAAUCGAAUGCUCGCUUGGAUCAGAUAACAACGCGGAUAUUCGCAACCGUUCUACCCGACGAUGAAACGCCACAGCAACGGCACUGUGAUCUUGUUCAAGCCCAACGACGAUUGUACGAGCUUACUAGUGGGGCUGAAGUUUUGCUUAUUAAUUGUGGGGAGUCAAACGCACAGCUCAUGACGGUUUUCAAACUGGUACAAAACUGCCCGUUCAAUCUGGAUGCUCCUCCGGAUUUGGCCACGUAUGUGGCGUUUGCCGAACGCGUACAUGACUGGUUGCUGGUUGCCAGUUCGCGCGCAGUACUGCUGCACGCUGAGGGAACCACAGCUCGAACGCGUCUCCUCCUCUUAAUCAGGGCGUUAUCAUCCUACUACGAAGCAAAGGAUAGACACGAUCCCAAUUCCAGCCGGCUCCUGCGUCAAUAUGUUGUGUCCUAUCCAAACGGAAUCAUUUCUUCCCCGAUCGGGUGGCUGAGGUUCGCUGGCUACUUGGGCCUCUUCUCACCGGAUUCCUGUCUCAGCAUUUUGCGUGCCAACUUAUGUAUCUAUACGCUCUGUCUGCAUAACUUCCCGGUUUUCGAAGAGAACAAACUUCGACUUUUUGUCAAAUUUUAUACAGGUUCUCCUCUUCGGCAUGCGUACACAACUGCAAUUCAUGAUUUUUACCAUUCGGAUUCCAAUAAUUUGGCGCUGGCUUUUUCACACUGCCUCGACGCCGCCACAACCCCACCCUGUUUGAUCAUACAGGGUAACAUCACUGUGAUCGCAUAUCACUGCCGCCCCUACCCGCAUAAAAGACUUCGAUUGUUCCGACUUCAUUUUCAUUCCUGCGAAGGUUGUUUCGAACCACUGACAUUCCAUCGCGAUGACUUUGAUGAACUUUGUGAUGCAUUCCCAUCAACUGUACUUCUGGAAUUACUUUGUACAAACCGGCCACUAACUACACACGCAACUGUACAAGUGACGAAUGUGGAUUGGCAGUUUGCUAAAGGUUCUGGCAUUCCAUCAGGGUCUGCAGCCUCACUGAAUCAGCUCAGCUGUGCCAUGAGCUCAGACGAGGCAGUAAGAAGACAUGAUUCUUUGGAACAUCUCACGGACCUCGCCAGAAAUUCGCAGUCUGUCCGCAAAGUUCUCUUUCGUUCAAUAAACGAGCACACAAAUCCAAAGUCACAUCCUAACGCAGUUGGAAUACCACUGCACCUGUCGAAGUCAUUGACUGAUGGACAAGAUGGAGUAUAUGAUCACACCGUUCUAUCUAAAGUGCGUUUAAAGGCAACAACGGAAAAACCCACUGCUUCUAUAAACAAAAGAAGCUUUCUCGAUGUCUUCUCUCGGCAACCUGCAGGCAGUAUGGAGAAGAGAGACGAAAAAGGAGUGCAAGUGUCAGGAAACAUAGAGCCAAGGACUCUGAUGCCACCACCAAUGGAAACUCAAGUACCAAAGAUUAAACGAAUUAUCGGGAAACGUUUGGUAAAGCUAUUCUCUAAGCGCGGAUCAAAGGAAUAUACUUUUAAGACGGACAACAGCUCGGAAAGCUCCAGUGGCUCCGAAUCCUUCAGUUCUGAGGAUUCAACUGGUAAACGAUCAGAUGGAUGGCUUUCAGAGUUACUGAGUUCCUCCUCCAGAAAGGCUCGCGCAAGCUUUCGAGGCUUAUCAAGUCCCCGCUCCUCACCCCCUCGAAAGACUCGUAAGAUGGACAAUGCAGUUGACACAAAUGCAUCCACUGUCGCUGCUGUCCCCUUUCAUCUCCAUUCGGAAGAUCUACUCCAGGCCGCUCGACGUUUAAACUUCAUGGCUGGAACCCAGGAGCUUGAUCGUCUUCUAGAGGAGCUAAGAUUGACAAGCAUGCAGAUGGCUGCUGGACUGCCUCCACCUAAAGCAACUACGUAUGCGCACACAUACACCCCACGAUAUUCGACAAUUCAUAGUACCAGUACCCAUAGUCAAAACCGCCUGCAUACAACGCGCUCCUCCUCCUCCGCCGCCAUGGGACAAGUUGGUGGUCAGAAUGAACAUACAUAUGGUUCUUCUAGCCCCAAUGUUCAUCCUUCGAGUUACACGUAUCAGAGGCAAAGCUCAUAUCACACAGAAGGCCGAUUGGAUGGACUGAAUAAGCCAUCACAUUACACAACCCCACGGUCACAUUAUUAUCCCUCAUCGGGUUCCCGGCACCAGACCACUUACACUACUGUUCUCAAACAGAGACCUCCCAUUGGGCCGAGACAGCUGAGUCAAGUGCACUUGACAAUUGAUCCAGAAUGCGGUUCAAAUGAGUUGCCGCACACAACCACGCAUUCGAGUGAACGUGACGUCAACUUACGAGAACAAAGACUUGAGAACGAAUUAAAUUUGGCUCGAAGAGAGUUGGCACAACUCCGAAGGGCCAUGAGUUUGGUGGAAGAGCGACGGCGUCAUGAAUUCAAUGAGGAGACACGGUCAAGCUUAUCUCCAGCUUAUCUACCGAUGGCGAGAUCACCCGCAUCCGUGCAACAGCAGUUCCUGUCAACGUCUAGUUCUUAUCAAAGUCAUCACCUUGGAACACGAUCAACAAGUUCCACAUUCCAACGCUCGUCCCCUCGGCAAGAAGGACCAUAUGGUGUCGGCACCAGCGUUGGGACGUACGGGGUCCCAAAAAGAGCCAUGAGCCAAACAAACAUGCAAACGACUCGUUCGUGGAAUUUGCGCUCGCAACACCAGGGGUCCGAAACGGACUUGGCUUUCAAGCGAGUCACCUCUGUGUCACAACCUCCUGGACGUUCGGGGUACUCGGCACAUCGUGAGCGUUUAAGGCAAGAACGUGAACAGGAGUUACUUAUGCGUCAGCAUCGCCAACGCCAACUGGCUGCAUCCACCACCGGUUUGAAUGAGCAACACUUGCACAGGCAUCAGCAACAGUAUCGGUCACUGUCAGCAGUUAACACGACCGGAGGAACUGAUGCCUUCGAAGAAGUCGAAACAAUAAUCUUACAACCAAUCGGUAGAGGCGUGCAGGAUAUUGACUCCAGAACUGGCUCCAUGACUACACUUCACCGAGGUCCCACCGGGUCGAUGGUGGAAGAGCGAAAAACACCUCAGUCACGUUCCUACUUGCUAGGAAAAAAUGCAAUUUAUCGGUACCUCAACCGGAAUACUUCUAACACGGAUUUGUCCCGGCCAUUGGCAGUACAUCAGUCUCACGCUACCAUAGUCCCCGCCACCACUAUGCAAUCGCUCCAAAAUUCCCGGUACGACACCACACCCACACUGGUGAACAACACCCAAACUGCCCAGUUCAGCGGCAGUCGUAGUCAUUUAACGAAUACGAGCUCCAGCACUCUCGCACCAGCGCAAGCUACUACUGUCCCUAACGGUUGGAAGACAGAAACCACUAAGCGAACUUAUAUUGAUGGGACGGAGACGAAUCCAUUGAGUCUGGUGCAAGAAACCGCACCGCUGUGGUAUAGGCCACAUUUAUCAAGAGAUGCAGCCAUCAGCAUUCUUCGGCAACAACCUCCUGGGAGUUUUCUGAUCCGCGACAGUACAACGUUCAAGGGUGCUUUCGGAUUGGCCGUCAAAGUGGCUACUUUACCUCCAAAGGUCACUCCGAAAUCAGACGAUCUCCAAGCAGAGCUGGUCCGCCAUUACCUCAUCGAAGUGAUCAAUACUGCUCCGCGAGGAGUGCGACUGAAAGGAUUUGCUAGCGAGCCUGUAUUCCCAAGCCUGGCAGCGUUGAUUCAUGAACACACCAUCGAUCAACUAGCCCUACCUUGCAAAUUGAUUUUACCACCAGGCCCUACUAAUCUACCGUCUUCAGGCACCGGCGCCUUACCACACCUUGUGGUUGGCACCAUUGUCAAUUCGGACGCUCUCAUGGUGGACAAUGCUACGGUGACCAGUGCUGGCAGUCUCCUUGGUCCGACGGCGUCAGAUUCUGGAUCCGUCCAGAUGGAUAGCACUCAGCAGAUGGAGGAUGGGAACACAGUACCGAUUAAUGCAACCGAAGCACCUGCUACCUCUACACACAAUGUCCCGCUCGUAUGUGUGCUACGGGAGAGUGCAGCGCAUCAACGACGCUCGCCAAUGGAAAUGAACGCAGGACAAGGACUAACUUUCCGAUGUCUUAUGCUGGGCUCCGUCGACAGUGCUCAAUGGGGCAAGGAUCUGUGCUUCGCUAGAGCAGUGGAUCAAUUGAUCCCCCUCACGCAGUUGACCGCGGCCGAGUGUGACCACGGCGUCAGCCGUGUACGGUACACCGAAGUGCAACUACGAGUCAGCGCACACGAUGGAAUCACCAUUAUUGAUUUGCUACGACGACUAUUUCUUCGGCGCCAUUUACCAAACCAUGUGCUCCUGUUCUGUGGACUAGAGACGAGGAAGAAAGAGUUUUUACACCCGGAACAUCAAGCUCAAGGUAUUGUCAACCCCAAAAUUUUCGGCAUCGUUGUGCGCAAAGGGAUCACUGAAUACACCACACAUGUGUUCUCCGAAUGCGAUCCUGCACACCCAGCGGAAUCCAUCGUGCAACACAUCAGAACUACAUAUCCUCACCUCAUGUCUAGAUAG